AGCAACCAAUCAAAUCGCUCUAAAUGUGAAAAAAAGAGAAUGCUACACUACUCCUCGUUAGUGCGCAUGCUCACACAUAUAGGAAGAGCCAGGUUCACAUCCUACUGAACAUUUCAGCUCCUCUUAAAAAGCUCUUAGGAGCUCCACAUCACCAGGAAAGCUGUAUAGGCAUUGGAUUGACGGGACCGAAGGAAGCAGCACGUCGCACUUGGAGCUGCCUGCUGAAAUCGCCAUGAGUUACAAACCUAUUGCUCCUGCACCAUCUGGCUCCAAUCACACACCGCCAGGGUCUUCAGUUCCCUCUCCAUCACUCCCAUCAUCAUCCAACUUUAGACCAGCUUUCAGUGACUUUGGUCCACCCUCUAUGGGCUUUGUUCAGCCAGUCAAAGUGUCCCAGGGGUCCACCUACAGCGAGCUUCUUUCCGUCAUCGAGGAGAUGAGCCGUGAGAUCAGGCCUACAUAUGCUGGCAGCAAGAGUGCAAUGGAGAGGCUAAAGAGAGGUAUAAUCCACGCCCGCGCACUGGUCAGAGAGUGUCUUGCAGAAACCGAGAGAAGCGCUCGCACAUAACCCUUUUGGAAAAGAAUCCCUUCCUCCCCAUAGAAGCCUGCCUUCAUCAUGGUCCUCAUCGGAUAUUUUACAUCCUCCCACCUUGAGCUCUGUUUGUGAGCACUUAAAGAUGCAUCAUGUUCUUCUUUUCCCAACACUUGACACAUUUCAGCAAAUUCAUUUUGUCAUUGUUACACUUUAUACAACAUGUGGGACAUAUGCAAAUACCAGUUUUGUACCUACGGUAAGAAUGUGAAAUUUUUAGCUCAUUAAGUCAACGUCUGGGUAAACCUCUGGUAAAAUGGAUUUGUUUAGUAAUGGAAGUUGACUUUACAAAAGAAGAUACAAUCAACGUUCAAACUACACCAGUCCGAGUGUUUUUAAAAAAUUUUCAUUGUUCAGGUUUCGUCAUGUAAGCUCACAUUAGAAUUCUCAUUCCCAAGAACUCUUUACAUCUCAAGUCAUUUUGCUAACAAGGAAAUUUUGUAAAGCUGAUUUUUCAGUAUGUAUAUCUUAAUUAAAUAAGAAGAAAACGUUA